AUGAAAGCUGCGCCUCACUUCUAACGAAAGGACUAUGGAUGCCAUAGCACACAAGAAAUUCGGUUUUUCCCACACACGUCCCCUUCUUUAGAUAUCGCCUUCACAGUGCCUCUCCAUUACUUUGACACAUACUACGAAUAACCAUAAUAGCGAGAAUCCUAUGACUAGUCAGCAUCACCAUUAUCACAACGUUCAACUUGAGCCAUGCUUCCAAGAAGCCCUCGAGCACCAGCAGCUUCCCCCUGACUUUGUUCUGACACCUGAAGCGCUACGAGAAAUUUUCUCAAGUGCUUCCUCGAAUCCCAAGUGGAUUCAGCGAUUGCCUCCGGUGAUCGAGCAGACAUGGACCAUUCCCAAUAGUACUGGUAAUGGCCCACCUAUUCAACUGAGAAUGACGCGACCCCCAGGUACUCAAAAGGUGACUUUACCUGUCAUUAUUUACUUACACGGUGGUGGAUGGGUGAUCGGUGAUGAAGUGACGCAUUUACGCCCCAGGACCGAGCUCGCUGUUGCUGCACAUGCUGCUGUCAUUUUUGUACAUUACAGCUUGGCCCCCGAGCACAAGUAUCCGGUGGCACUCGAAGAAUGCUACGAUACCGUCAUUUGGACAGCAAAUGAAGCCAACGCUCGGUCCAUACAUGUCGACCCGAGUAAACUAGUUGUCGCUGGCGAUUCUGCAGGGGCCACCUUGGCUACAGCCAUAACAAUUCUGGCCAAACAGCGCCAAUUCACCGGUAUCCGCGGGCAAAUCUUAUUUUAUCCAGCCACAGAUACAAAUUUUGAUACAGAUUCAUACAACAGGUUUGGAGAAGGUUAUGAUUUGACGCGAGAAAUGAUGCAAUGGUUUUGGAAUCAUUAUGUGCCUGAUGAUGUGGCAAGUCGACGAGAAAUUCCUACUGUGGCGCCACUCAAAGCUUCCUUGGAAGAAUUACGGGGUCUAACUCCUGCACUUGUCAUAACGUGCGAAGCGGACGUGCUUGUGGAUGAAGGAGAAGCGUAUGCUCGUAAAUUGUUAGCAGCAGGCGUGGAUGUUACGGCGACUCGCAUUCUAGGUACACUGCAUGGAUUUUUUGACAUGCCAUUUUUCGAAUGCCGUGCCGCCAUCACCGCGUUGGACCUGGCCGUUACCACUCUCCAUCGUAUUUGGAAUACAAAAAAGAGCCAUUAGUACCAGUGCUGAUGCAUAGCUUACAGUUUCGACUUAUUGUAUUUAAGACAUAAUUAUGCAUUUGUGAUUAAUCCAACUUAUUCCUUUGGGCUGUCAGAAACUGUAUCAUUUGUCAAAUUACAUAUGAG